AUGGUUGUGAACUUGUUUAAGGAAGGAGACAAGACUGACCCAGGAAACUACAGGGGGAUCACACUGUUGAACACAGUAGGAAAAGUGUUCUGUAAGCUGCUGAACGAUAGGAUAGUGGGAGUAUUGGAGAAGGAACAUAGCAUUAGUGAGGGCCAGGCAGGUUUCCGCAAGAAGAGGGGGUGCGUAGACCACGUGUUCACGGUAGGGAGAAUCAUCCAAGGUAGAAAGAGGGCGGGCAAGUCGACGUACUGCUGCUACCUGGACGUGAAAAAGGCAUUCUACACCGUAUGGAGAAAUGGGUUGUGGAAACAACUGUCCAAAUACGGGAUCAAGGGGAAAAUGUGGAGAGUGCUGAAGAAGAUGACAGAGUGUACGAAAAGCGCGGUCAUGCUAGACGGAGAACUGUCAAAAUUCUUCGACAUUGAGCAGGGGGUCCCACAAGGUUGCACGCUGUCCCCAACAUUGUUCCAGGUGUUCAUCAACGAUCUGUUGGAAGUCGUAGAGGCAGUCCGGAAGGGAGUAAAAGUAGGGGACACGGAAACGUCGGUUUCAGGAAUGCUGUUUGCGGAUGAUUUUGUCGGUAUGUCGGACACCCCUGAGGGACUGCAACUGCAAAUUGACGCGGCGAAGAAGUUUACUGAUAAGUGGAGAUUGUCUGCCAACGUUAAGAAGAGUGCCGUCAUGGUAUGCAACGAGAACAAGGAGGAACCAUAG